UGCGCCGCUUGGGCGGCGACAUUGACAGCGAUUUGUCGAAUAUUCUCGUUCGCCAUUUUGUUAAUCUUAUGGAAUUUUGUGUUAAGUAAUCAACGUGCCAACAUUCUGGGGAACCCAAAUUUGGUGAUUUGAAAUGUCUGAGAAGUCCAUGGUCGCUAAGACCGUAUUAAAAAGACAUGAAGUUGCUCGACCUAUACAUAUUCAGCGUUUGGAGGCCGCCUUAGAUAUCCGACCAUUUGUGAAUCAAGUUGAAAGAAUACUAAAUUCUGAUGGUGGAAGCGACAGUGGCGAAGAUUCAGAUAUCUUAUCAAUGAGCAAUGAACUGUCCAAAGGGGACAAGCUAAUGCAUGGUGUAGUCACAUCAAAACAAGAGAGACAGAGUGAUCGUCUCCGAUUGUACAACUUGUCAUCAGUUGGUGAGGAAAGAGAGUGGCUUCGGGAUGUCCUCCUCUCGUCAGAAUCAGAUACAAGUAGCGAUGAUGAUAGUCCCGCUGCUAAAGAUUAUAGAAUUAAAUGUUUACUAAAAGAGAGAAAGUUUCAUAACAAAUAUAUUAAAUCUUAUUAUAAGGAUCCAAGUAACUCUAGAUAUAUGUAUUACGGAGCUGGUUUACUAUCUACUAUUGACCGUUAUCCAGAAAGACGUAUAAAUAGGCCUCCACCGGUGACAUCCAGAGCCAGAAGAGGCAGGCCCUCAGAUAGAGGCUUGUCUAGACCUCCACAGAAGUCUAGAAAAGUUAGGGCUAAAGAAGGUCUGGCUGAUGGAAGUGAUGUUCCAGAUGGCACAGACUGGGAGGAUCAUGUUAAACAUAUUAAAGAAGAGAAUGAUACUGAUGAAUUCACCAUUGCUGAAAAGUCUGGUGUCAGGGGUCGAAAGAAAAUCUCCACACUCAAGAGUCCGGAAGCGCUUACAGCGCGGCGUAAACGUCACUGGUUCCUGCUCGUUAAAAAGGAAUUGGGUAAAGUGCAGCGAGCAAGGACAGCAACACAUAGAGAACUCAUGUUGCAGAGGAAACGGCUAGCUACGUUGUGUAGUAAGCAUUGGAGACAUGUUGCUAUGCAGUCACAAAAGAACAUGAAGGAAACAGUAUGGCGUUGCAAGCGAUUGAGUCGUGAAAUGCAAGCGUAUUGGCGGCGGUACGAUCGUGCUGAAAGAGAGACUCGAAGGAGGAUGGAAAGAGAAGCGGAGGAACAGAGGAAGAUGGACGUAGAAUUAAUGGAAGCCAAGCGUCAACGUCGAAAGCUAAACUUCCUGAUAACUCAAACAGAACUGUACGCACAUUUUAUGCAACGCAAGUUGAACACCACGGACGAAGGGGACAGCGGGGCGGACAGGAUAUUGAGACAACUGGACGAAGACAGGGACCCGAGGCUCGCUGCUAUUGAUAAUUAUGAUAGCGAAGCGAUGAAAGCCCGCGCGUCCCGCAACGCGCGCGAAGCGUUCCGCGCUGACCGGGCGCGCACGCUCGCACUGGACGCGGCCACGGGCGGGGAGCGCUCCGAGAGACGGGACCACGACCAGCCGGCCAUCUUCCGCGGCACGCUCAAGGGCUACCAGCUCAAAGGGAUGAACUGGCUCGCUAACUUGUAUGACCAGGGUAUCAGUGGUAUACUAGCAGACGAGAUGGGUCUAGGCAAAACGGUCCAGUGUAUAGCGUUUCUAUGUCAUGUGGCUGAACGACUUGGUGUAUGGGGACCUUUCCUGGUGGUGUCUCCGGCUUCUACACUUCAUAAUUGGCAACAGGAAAUGCAGAGAUUUGUACCGGAUUUUAAAGUGGUACCAUACUGGGGCAGUCCCAGCGAACGUAAGAUCCUCCGUCAGUUCUGGGAACGUAAGGACCUGCACACACAGCAAGCGGCUUUCCACGUGGUGAUCACAUCGUACCAGAUUGUGGUCUCCGACCUUAAGUACCUGAACCGUGUGUCCUGGCAGUAUAUGAUAUUGGACGAAGCGCAAGCUAUAAAAAGCUCGGCUAGCAUGCGGUGGAAGUUGUUACUGGGCUUUAGUUGCAGGAAUCGGUUGUUGUUGUCAGGUACACCAAUACAAAACAGUAUGGCGGAACUGUGGGCGCUACUACAUUUCAUAAUGCCGACACUUUUCGACUCACAUGAAGAGUUUAACGAAUGGUUCUCUAAGGAUAUUGAAAGUCACGCGGAAAAUAAGAGCACUAUUGAUGAAAAACAUUUAUCGCGACUGCAUAUGAUAUUGAAACCGUUUAUGUUGCGGCGAAUCAAGAAAGACGUAGAAAAUGAGUUAUCGGACAAAAUUGAGAUUAUGGUGCAUUGUCCACUUACUAUAAGGCAAAAAUUAUUGUAUAUAGCAUUAAAAAAGAAAAUUAAAAUUGAAGAAUUAUUACAUUAUACAAUUGGAUCGGAAUCAGGACAUAAUGUUGACAAAAACUUUACCUCAAAUCUUAUGAAUUUAGUUAUGCAAUUUAGGAAGGUAUGCAAUCACCCAGAACUUUUUGAGCGGCGCGACGUCAAAUCCCCGUUCGCGAUGCAAGUCGACGACUACAAUAUACCAAAGAUUAUUGCCGAAGACUGUAUCCUACUCCGUUCCAUACCUUCAAAACGACAUUUAUUGUAUAAUAAACUUAGUGUGUUGAUAACUGAAUAUGUGCACAGAAGUGUUAGUGAAAGUGUUAGUGAUAGUGACAAGUGUUUUUCGUUUAUGCGGUUCAUGGAUUUGUCACCAAUGGAAAUGUAUAGAGUUAUGGUGUGCGGGUGGCUGUAUGCUAUGUUACACAUAGAAGAUAGUAUGGAGAAGUACGAAAAAUUACGUCACAGGCAAGAAUGGUGGUACGAUAGUGAUUUAGAGAGAACACAAGAAUUUGACAAAGUUAUGAGUAAACAUAUGUUAUUGGUAUGUCCCGAUGGUGAUGUCUUGAAGAGGAGGAAACAGGAUUCCACUAUGUGGAGAGAUUUGCUGUUCACAGAUCCAUUGUGGAUUGAAGGUGGUCCAUUCUAUACACAUACAAAUCACACGAUAAAUUAUAUGUCAGAGACGAUAGAACAUAGAGCGAUGCGAACAAGGAAUUUGAAAGAGGCCAGUGGACAAGUGCCGGAAAUGCUAACCGAAAUAAAGACGGAAGAUGGUGGUGUGAUACCGGUCGAGAAGCAGCCAAUAGAAGCCGCGGAAUUUCCGCACGUGGAGCGUCCGCCGAUCGUACAUUGUGAUGUGCCCACACCCUUACCGACUUUCUUAUAUACUGUGCAACAAAAGGUGUGCGCGCCAACCCGGCAGAGCUUCUCGGUGUCCCGUUCGCACGCGUACCACAUGAAGCGGCACGCCCACUGCGAGUCGCGGCUCGGCGGCGACACGCUCGCGCGCCUCGUGCGCGGCGCGCGCCCGUGCACCGGCUGGGCGAGCUUGCAGGUGCCGGAUAAAAAUCAGCUAGUGAGCGAUGCGGGCAAAUUAACAGUAUUAGAUUCGUUGUUGAAAAGACUGAAGGAGCGCGGACACAGGGUGCUCAUAUACAGUCAGAUGACCAAAAUGAUUGAUCUCUUAGAGGAAUACAUGUGGCAUAGGAAACACAAGUAUAUGCGGUUAGACGGUUCCAGUAAGAUUUCAGCGCGUCGCGAUAUGGUCGCUGAUUUUCAGGCUCGCACAGACAUAUUUGUGUUCUUACUGUCGACGCGUGCCGGCGGCUUGGGCAUCAAUCUGACCGCUGCUGAUACUGUGAUAUUCUACGACUCGGACUGGAACCCGACGGUGGACCAGCAGGCCAUGGACCGCGCGCACAGACUGGGGCAGACCAAGCAGGUGACGGUGUACCGGCUCAUCUGCAAGGGCACCAUCGAGGAACGCAUCCUGCAGCGAGCCAAGGAGAAGAGUGAGAUUCAACGAAUGGUGAUCAGCGGCGGUAACUUCAAGCCUGACACGCUGAAACCUAAAGAAGUGGUGUCGUUGCUUCUCGAUGACGAAGAAAUUGAACUCAAAUAUCGUCAAAAGUCUGAAGAGAAGAAAAUGAUGGAGGAAAGAGAAAGAAAACGGAAGCUGGGUAUACUGCCUGCGCAGCCUGCACCGGCAGCCACAGAAUCGAAACGUGCUCGAGAGUCAGCGUCGGAACCGGGCAGUCCGCUGCAAGUUGAUGAUGAAGCUGACCUCAUGGUGGACGUGUCGCACAGCAUGCCGACGUCAUAUACAAGCAGUUCCCGCGGUACAUGGGGCCGUGCAGCCCGAGGCGGGCGGCGGGGCCGUCCACGUGGUUCAAGACACGUAGCGCGGCGCCCCGAGCCUGCGCCCCCGGACAACGCGUCCGCUGUUGCUGCGGGUGCAUUGCUAUUAGAGUCGGACAUGCCUCUCGAGAUAGUGGAGAGGGGCGGGUGCCCGUCCCGCGGGCGGCGCGGGCCCGGCCGGCCGCGCCUGCGGGGCGCAGCACCCCGGGCUCCCGUACGGCGACCGCGCAGGCCCCGGGAGCCCCUGCUGGUGCCGCUGGCGCCUCCGCCCUGAGAUUGUGGCGAUGUCAGAUGCUGUGGAAGCAGAAACCCACCUGUAGUGCAAUUUGAUUUUAAUUUUACACAAAAAGAUGACAAUAUAAAUAAUGUACAUAUUUUUUUCAUUUACAACAUUAGCUGGCGAAGUUUAACUUUGUUAUAUUUAUUAAACGACAUUAAUUGUAAAUCAUUUAGUUAGGAAUUAUCUUAAGUUGGACGUAAAAUUCAUUUGGUUUAAAACCAUUUUUUCGCAUUUAUGUUUGUUUCAAAUUAUUGUAACCGUUUUAUACAUUAGUAUAUUUAUCAAUCAAUUUUGAUCUGUCGAUACUUGAUAAUU